GACAGUGGAGUUCACUCAGUUCAGCCAGUCGUCAGCUGGUAGCCGAUCUACGUGGAUCUAUCGCGUAGUACUAUAUAACUAUUAGAAUAGUGAUUGUGCGUUGCUUGGUACAUACACACACAUACACACACACACACACACAUAUAUAUAUAUAUAUAUAUAUAAACAAAGAAAAAAGGCAAAAGUAGAAAAGAAAAGCAGAAGAAAAAAGUAGAAGAGGAAUAAACGAACGAGAAAAGAAACAAAGAUUAUUCUGUGGAUUCAUAGAAAAUAAUAAAAAACAAAAUCUAUCAUGGAUCGGACAACGCGGUAAAUCAAUCGAAUAUAUAAAUACGUAUAUAUAUAUAUAUAUAUAUAUAUAUAUAUAUAUUAUAUAAUAUAUAAUAUUAUGAGUAUUAUAAAGAAUUAUAGACGAACAGAGAAGAGAUAAUCGAAGUUGUGUCCCGAAGAGGAAAAUAAAACUUAUUAAUAUCAACGAACGUGACGAGAAAGAACACGCAAAAAUAGCGUGCACGCAGGCGCAAUGAAGCACACGAUUUGAUUAUAGUCACGUUUUCUUUGGCUACUUUUAAGUAGACACUAUAUAUAUAUAUAUAUAUAAAUAUCCAUAUACUAUAUAUAUAUAUAAUAGAAAAAGAUCUACACGAAAUCUACUUGUUUUCUUCUAACAGAUAAAUAUAUACAUACGUCUAUAUAUAUAUAUAUAUACACAUAUAUAUACAAAGAGAAAGAAAGAGAAAGAGAUAGAGAGAAAGAGCGAGAGAGACAGAGAGAGAGAGCAAGCAAACAAGACAGAAGGAUCGAAUAAAGAAAGGACGUUAAAUAUGUCGAUAUUUUCAAAAUUAAUCGACAAAACGUCGAACAAAUACGGUAUCCGUCAAGAACGUCUGACUCAUGGUGUAGCCGGUGUCGUCACCGUUCUUUAUUUCCUCAAAAUUGGUUAUCCCUUUCUAGUUGCGAAAGUACGACAGCGCCGCCACCGGCCAAAUACGGCGAACGAACAAAGGAAGGACGAAGACGAUAGAUCGAGGAACGAUUCGAAAAGACGCGGGAAAAAUAAAAACGAUAGGAAAUAUAAUCGCGACGAGGAUCAUCGUUAUGACGAUGACGACGAUGGCGAUGACGACCAUGACGAAGAUGAUAUUAAAUCGAUCGAUAUAAAGGAAAAGAAUAAUGAUGAUAAAGCCAUGAAAAAGGAAAAAAUUGUUGGUCUCGAUCGUGCAUUUUUAAAACAAUUAAUAACAUUAUUAAGGAUAAUGGUACCAAGUUGGAGAUCGAAAGAAUCUGGCCUGUUGGCUUGUGCAACAUUGACAUUAUUAGCACGAACUUUUCUCUCCGUUUAUGUAGCUACGCUCGAAGGACAAAUAGUUAAAAGAAUCGUUUUGAAGGACAUUCGUGGUUUCAUUUAUAUGAUGGCCAGAUGGUUCGCCAUAGCAUUCCCUGCUACAUUUGUUAAUUCGGCUAUUAGAUAUUUAGAGGGUCGAUUGGCUCUUAAUUUUCGAGAACGUCUCGUCGAACAUGCCUACAAAAUGUACCUGAGUCAACAAACCUAUUAUAGAGUAGUAGCUCUGGAUACCAGAUUAGGUGGUCUCGAGCAAAGACUGACCGAUGAUUUAUCCGAAUUAGCAAGCUCCGUCGCUCAUUUAUAUUCAAGUUUAACAAAGCCAUUGUUAGAUUGUGCUUUGGUUGGAAUAGCAUUGAUUUCAUUUUCAUUGAAUAUGGGAGCUAGAACUAUACCUGGUCCAUUAUUAGCAUUGGUUGUAAUCACCUUGACCGGACAAGUAUUACGUCUUGCCUCCCCUCGCUUCGGUCAGCUGGUAGCAGAGGAAGCUACUCGACGUGGUCGUUUGCGAGAAGCCCAUGCACGUAUCAGUGCCCAUGCCGAGGAGAUUGCAUUCUAUGGAGGUCACCAAACUGAACACCGUUAUCUCACUACAGCUUAUAAGUCUCUCGUAACUCACUUGAGAAGAAUCUUAGCUAAGAAAUUGUGGUACGUUAUGUUGGAACAAUUUCUUAUGAAAUAUCUUUGGUCGGGAACCGGACUUGUCCUAAUCGCCUUGCCGCUUCUUUAUAAUUCUGGUAAUGAUUCGCAGAAAAAUGGAAUGAAAAUAAAUGGCGAUGGUGCAGUGAGCGAGAGAACGAGAUACCUGACAACUUCCAAAAAUUUGUUAAUGUCCGGUGCGGAUGCCGUGGAAAGGCUUAUGGUGUCUUAUAAAGAAUUAGUAGCAUUGGCUGGUUAUGCGGGGCGCGUUAAUGAAAUGUUUGAGGUAUUUAAAGACGCUGCACUUUGCAAGUAUCAAAGGAACGUUGUCGUUAAUGGUGCAUCGAGAACAAACAAUGGAAAUACAUCCCAUCCGGAAAAGAUUGCCAUAGAAUUUAAGAAUGGUAAUCCUGUUAUAAAAGGAAUUGUACGAGAAAGUAACGACGGUAGUAUAAGUCUAAUAAACGUACCGAUAGUAACACCCAACUGUGAAAUCAUAGUACCAAGUUUAACGAUGAC